AUGGAGCACGACCACGUCCACCUCCGCAACAGCUCCCCGCCCGGCUGCGGCUUGGGCUACGUCCCCGUCGUCUACUACAGCCUCCUCCUCUGCCUCGGGCUCCCCGCAAACAUCUUGACAGUCAUCAUUCUGUCACAGUUGGUGGCUCGCCGGCAGAAGUCCUCCUACAAUUACCUUUUAGCUCUAGCAGCCGCAGACUUGCUGGUGCUUUUCUUCAUUGUCUUUGUGGACUUUUUGUUGGAAGACUUCAUCCUGAAAGAGCAAAUGCCAGAGGUCCUGGACAGAAUUGUCGACGUCUUGGAGUUUUCCUCCAUUCACACCUCUAUUUGGAUUACCGUGCCUCUCACCAUCGACCGGUACAUUGCGGUCUGCCAUCCUCUGAAGUACCACAUGGUUUCUUACCCAGCCCGCACCCGGAAAGUCAUCGUAAGUGUUUACAUCAUUUGCUUUCUGACAAGCAUCCCUUAUUACUGGUGGCCCAAAGUGUGGCUAGAAGACUACAAAAGCACACUGGUCCACCACAUCUUCAUCUGGGUCCACUGUUUCACCAUCUAUUUGGUGCCCUGCUCCAUUUUCUUCAUCCUGAAUUCCAUCAUCGUGUACAAGCUACGGCAGAAGUGUCACUUCCGCCUGCGAGGCUACUCCACUGGGAAGACGACGGCCAUUUUGUUCACCAUCACCUCCAUCUUUGCCAUCCUUUGGGCGCCGAGGAUUAUCAUGAUCUUGUAUCACCUUUACGUCUCGCCGAAAGACAACCGGUGGUCGGUCCACAUUGUCUCCGAUGUGGCCAACAUGCUGGCGCUGCUGAACACGGCCAUCAAUUUCUUCCUGUACUGCUUCAUUAGCAAGAGAUUCCGCACCAUGGCCGCCGCAACCCUCAAGGCCUUCUUCAAGUGUCAGAAGCAGCCUGUUCAGUUCUAUACGAACCAUAACUUUUCCAUAACCAGCAGUCCCUGGAUAUCCCCCGCCAACUCACAUUGUAUCAAAAUGCUUGUUUACCAGUAUGAUAAAAAUGGGAAGCCUAUAAAAAUAUCACCAUAA